AUGGCUCGUUCGAAAGAGCUUACACCUGCUAUUCGAGAGCGUAUCUGCGAGCUCCAUGCGAUUGGGUGGGGAUAUAGACGUAUUCACCAGCGUUAUCCCUAUAUUCCAAUCUCUACUAUUCGAUAUUCAAUUAUCAAAGAGCGUGAGAGACACGAAGGUGUCUCGAAGCCUCGAUCUGGCCGGCCAAAAAAGCUCUCAGAAGCUGAGAAAGAUCGUCUCUUGAACGCAAUUCAUGGAGACCCAAAGAUUCAAUAUGAAGAUCUCCUUGCUGAGGUAGAUUAUAAGGUUAAAAAGCGCUCUAUUCAACGCCUUCUAAAUGCUGAAAAUAUGCGGAAAUGGCGAUGUCUUUGGCGACCAUAUUUAACUGAUGAGCAUGCAGCAAAACGACUCGCCUGGGCAUAUCGCUAUCGCUAUUUCACCUCUGAAGAUUGGGCUCGAGUCUUUUGGUCCGAUGAAUGCACAGUUGAACGAGGAAUUGGUAUACGCAGAGAAUGGUCCUUUAUCCGCCCCAAAAAUCAGCCUCAAGAAGGGCAAGUCCAGGGCCUCCCGUAUAAAGGAAAACAAGUUAAACAGAUGUUCUGGGCCGCCUUUUCAGGGGCUGAACGACGGACUGGACUUAUCCCACUUUUCGGGGAUCCGAAUUCAGAACGACAAGGUGUGAAUCGCUUUGUUAUUGAGGAGUUAUAUCGCCGAAUCCUUCCUAUUCUAAUGCAGAAUGAGGAUGGGAUAUUCCAGCAUGAUAAUGCUCCUACACACACCGCACGCGUUGUCCGAGAUGCCCUAGCUGAGAUGAAUAUUGAGGUUAUGGAGUGGCCACCUCAUUCGCCAGAUUUGAAUCCUAUUGAGAAUCUUUGGGCUCUUCUUAAAGCAAAGAUUUAUGAGCUUCGACCUGAUCUUAUUCAUAUUUAUUCCGAAUGGAACUUAGUAAGCCUGUUCCACACUGUACUGACUGACCUAACCAGGGUUGUCAGUACCAGACCAUACCGCGUAUUCUGUGCCAAAUAUCACAAUAUGAAAAAUAAUGAUGAGACUAAGGUUAUUUUAGUGGACACAGCUCAGCAAGCGUGGGGUGAAUUAGAAAUACGUCAUUUUCAGCACCUUUCAGCUACUAUGCCACACCGUGUUGAAGCAAUUAUUGAGUGA